AUGCCAUCCGAGUCAGCCCCUUGGCUGCGCUGGAUCCUCGGCAUGGGGGAACGACGUAAGCUCGGCGAUGUCGCCAUGGACAUAUUGCUCUUUGCGGGCAUGAUGACGGCUGGCCUAUAUGUGGCUCGAAAUUUCCUCAACCCUAUCUUGAGCAACAUUGCCGACCCCGAUAAAGAAAAGCACGAACAAGCAAGACGCCAAGCUAAAGCGCAUCUUGAGCGGUUAAAUCGACACAAGAAAGACGGGCUUGAUUACGGAGAUGACAGCGAUUCGAGAACGGGGCCACGACCGGAGGAUCUGGUCUUGAAUGAAUACGAAAACCUGGUUGCACUUGAAAUGGUCCCUCCUGAGGAUAUAUCUGUUGGGUUUGACGACAUCGGCGGUCUGGAUACGAUUAUCGAAGAACUGAAAGAGUCGAUCAUAUACCCUUUAACGAUGCCUCACCUUUACUCUCACGCCGCGCCUCUACUCUCUGCCCCCUCUGGUGUUCUUCUAUACGGUCCUCCGGGCUGUGGAAAGACAAUGCUCGCUAAGGCUGUUGCUCAUGAAAGUGGUGCUUCUUUUAUCAACUUACAUAUCUCGACUUUAACAGAGAAAUGGUAUGGAGACUCGAACAAGAUUGUCCGCGCUGUUUUCUCCUUAGCCCGAAAGAUGCAGCCUGCUAUCAUUUUUAUCGACGAAAUCGACGCUGUCCUCGGUACUCGUAGAAGUGGCGAGCAUGAGGCCAGCGGCAUGGUCAAGGCCGAGUUCAUGACUCUAUGGGAUGGCUUGACAUCCUCGAAUUCUUCAGGGAUGCCUGCUCGAAUCAUGGUUCUUGGUGCGACCAACCGUAUCAAUGAUAUUGACGAGGCCAUACUUCGCCGUAUGCCAAAGAAAUUCCCUGUCACGCUACCAGGAACAGAGCAGCGACGUCGAAUUUUACAGCUCAUCUUGCAAGAUACCAAGACGGAUCCUGAGCACUUCAAUCUUGAUUACGUUGCAAGGAUUACUGCUGGGCUCUCUGGUAGUGACAUCAAGGAGGCCUGCCGAGAUGCAGCAAUGGUACCCGUACGAGAAUACAUGCGGCAGCAUCGUGAGAGUGGGCACGCGAUGUCGUCCGUGGAUCCCAGGCAAUUCCGUGGCAUUAGAUCAGAUGACUUCCUCGGCCGCGAAGGAGGACAGAUCAAAUUGCAACCAAAGCGACGGUCCAGCGGUGUCGAGGAGUUGAUUGCGGAGGAGCAGGACUAG